CGCACACGCACACAAAAUAAAUGGUGUGAUCAACGGCAGCAAAACUUUUCUCUUUGCUUUGAGUUCAGAGGGUGGAGUUACAUUGUAUAAACUUCGUAUGGUACCUUUUACUUCCUCAUCAGAACGACAUCCGUGUGCCUCAAGAAGCUUUGGUUGAAUUAAGUAAUCCCCAUUCAUAGAAUUGAGUGCAUAAUAUCCGAGAAAAUAAUUUGUCUGUUGUGGCUGUCUGAUAGUCAAAAUAAUGUUAUCUCAGAUCACAAAAUACAGUAAUUAAUUAUACACUAUCCAGUUCCUACUACAAUUUUUGGGUGGAAUAAAAUCUUUGUGAAGAUUUUGUGAACGACUACCCAAUGCACCCUAGUAUGCAGAUCCAUUUGAGUUGAGCAAAGUUAUCUCGCAGACGCGGAUGUUUUGGUCCAGUCGCAGCACGAAAGGCAGUCAAGGAUGGAAAUUUGUUGCAGAGGGCGUGUUUUCACUGAGAUAACGGGACCGGGGAUCAGAACCCGCAGCGGCGCAGACUCGCGUAAACGCACCCGCAAAACUAACCUCAACCUGGCGGAUUUAGCAAUCGUCUUAAAUAUGCGCUUUGGGCUUUAAAGAAAGCAGCGAGGUUCCGUGUUUCGGUGCUGUCUUUUUUUUUUUUUUUACUCGAACGGCUAGGCGCAGUGAAAGAAGUGUCGAGUGUGUUAAGUCAGUAAGGAAGCUUUUUAACGGGUCGUUUUGUUUUCGUUCCAGUCGUUUUCGUAAGUACUUAGUCCAAAGACUUAAUAAAAAAAAAAAGGACAAUGCAGAGCGAGAAAUCCGAGCAAAUGGUCGCCGAGGGUUCGGGCCCAAACGAGCCCGAGAAGAACGCACCGAGUGAGGGCAGUGAGCUGCAACCUCUUCCCCGGGCCAAGGGGAUUAACGCCGUUGCCGUGCUGUGGACUUUCGGGAAGUGUCUGAGCGCUUUGCUGCCCGUCUACCUGGCCGGGUACUACAGGGUCAGCACCAGUCUGCUGCUGUGCGGCAUGGUGGUCUACACGGGAUGGAAGCACGCCCGCGAGGCCAAGGAGGAGAGGCUCAGGUCGGCCAUGCAGCUGCUCGGCGACGAGCAGGAGCUCGGCGGCUCGAAAAUGUCCAAAAUCAAGCGAGAGCUACCUGCGUGGGUCAACUUCCCAGACGUUGAGAAAGUCGAAUGGCUGAAUAAGGUUCUGCAGCAGGUGUGGCCCUUUGUCGGCCAGUAUCUGGAGAAGCUCCUGGUGGAGACCAUCGCGCCGUCUAUUCGAGCCUCAAGCAGCCACCUCCAGACACUCAGUUUCACUAAAGUGGACAUGGGCGACAAGGCCAUGAAGGUGGUAGGGAUCAAGGCACACACAGAGAAUGACAAAGGACAGGUCCUGCUUGAUCUUUAUAUCAGCUAUGUUGGCAAUGUAGAGAUCAACGUGGAAGUUAAGCGGUACUUCUGCAAAGCUGGAGUGAAGGGAAUACAGUUGCAUGGGAUGAUGCGGGUCAUAUUGGAGCCUCUGAUCGGAGAUGUGCCCAUUGUGGGUGCAGUCACAAUGUUCUUUAUCCGCAGACCGAAACUAGAUAUCAACUGGACCGGAAUGACUAAUUUGUUGGACAUCCCUGGGCUGAAUGUCAUGUCUGACAGCAUGAUCAUGGACGCCAUUGCCUCCUUCUUGGUACUGCCCAACCGUCUGGUUGUCCCUCUAGUUCCAAACUUGCACUUGGGGCAUCUUCGUUCCCCUUUGCCCAGGGGCGUGGUGCGCAUCCACCUGGUGGAGGCCCAGAAUCUAGCAGCAAAGGACAGCUAUGUGAAAGGGGUUAUGGCCGGCUUGUCGGACCCCUAUGCCAUAUUGCGGGUGGGUCCUCAGAUGUUCACCUCCCACCACUUCGACAACACAGACUCACCCAAGUGGGGAGAGAUGUACGAGGUGAUUGUCCAUGAAGUGCCUGGUCAGGAACUGGAGAUGGAGGUUUAUGACAAAGACCCAGACCAGGAUGAUUUCCUGGGCAGGACCAAAAUCGAUUUGGGCAUUGUGAAGAAGUCCAUCGCUGUUGAUGAUUGGUUCCCUUUGAAGGAUACGCCGUCAGGUCGGGUCCAUCUCAGACUGGAGUGGUUGGCCUUGAUGCCUACCACUGAUCAACUCGAGGAGAUCCUGAAGAGGAACGAGAGCGUCACCAGUAAGACAGCUGACCCGCCCUCCUCCGCCAUUUUGGUCGUCUAUCUCGACAAAGCCGAGGCGCUUCCAAUGAAGAAAGGUAAUAAAGAGCCCAAUCCCAUGGUGCAGUUAUCUGUACAGGACAUUACUAAAGAAAGCAAGACGUGCAACACAACAGUCAAUCCAGAGUGGGAAGAAGCAUUUACCUUUUUUAUUCAGGAUCCACGCAACCAAGAUAUUGACAUUCAGGUGAAGGAUGUGGACCGGGUGCAGACAUUGGGCAGUCUGACCAUCCCUCUGUCCCGUGUGCUGUCCACUUCAGAUCUCUCUCUGGACCAGUGGUUCCAGUUGGACAACUCUGGAUCAGCCAGUCGCAUUUACAUCAACGCAGUUCUCCGGAUGCUUUGGUUGGAUGAGGAACAUAUCACAGCUGAUAUAUCAUCUCAACUGGAAUCUGGACGCAAACAGUUACCCCAGGAGACAUCCCCCCACUCCAGUUUUGCCACAGAGGUAACGACAGAGCCACCACCUGGUCCUAGACCCCAGUUUCUCACCAACAUCCUGCUAAUAUUGAAGUGCUCAUGUCUACAGGGGUUGCUUAGAAUCCACCUGUUGGCCGGGCAGAACCUUGUUCCCAAAGACAACAUGAUGGGGGGCAUGGUAAAGGGCAAGAGCGACCCCUAUGUUAAGAUCAAUAUAGGCGGCGAAACAUUCACAAGCGGAGUCAUCAAGACUAAUCUCAACCCCACCUGGAAUGAGAUGUAUGAGGUGAUUUUGACACAGUUGCCUGGUCAGGAGUUACAUCUGGAGGUGUUUGAUAAAGAUAUGGACAUGAAGGAUGAUUUCAUGGGCAGGCUGAAGAUCAAUCUGAAGGACAUCAUUGAUUCUCAGUACACUGAUCAGUGGUACACUCUCAAUGAUGUCAAGUCCGGUCGGGUCCACCUGGUACUGGAAUGGGUUCCAACAGCCUCAGAAGCAGACCAAGUAGAUCAGGUUCUUCAGUUCUAUUCCCGGCAGUCUUAUCAGAACAAGGCGAUUCCAUCUGCGGGUCUUCUGUUUGUCUUUUUUGAACAGGCAGAUGGUUUACCGUUGAAGAAGAGUGGAAAAGAGCCAAAAGUGGGAGCCGAGAUAGUUCUUGGAGAAAUGUCCCGUAAAACUACCGUGUCUGAUCGUUCUGUAUCUCCUGAGUGGAAUGAAGGAUUCUGUUUUCUGGUUCGUGACCCCAGAGAGGAUAUUCUUGUUGUCAAGCUCUCCCACAGCUGGACACUACCCAUGGGUUCCUUAGUGAUUCCUAUCAAAGAGCUGCUCGCUGAGCCAGAGUUGGUCUUGGAUCAGUGGUUCCAUCUGGACGGAGCCUCCCCUGAGAGUCAGGUUCUUCUACGAGCUGAACUCAAGAUGCUCAUACCAAGCAAGUGUCCCCGUGCCGGUGGUCAAGAUAAGAUCACUUUGAAAGAAUCAAACCGCUUUCCCGAUCAGCAGAAACAGGAGGGAGAUAUGUUCCAAAAGUCAAGUUCAGUGGAUGCUCCUGUAGAAACUCUCAUCCCCCAAGUGCUGAUGCAUGAAGAAGCUGAUGUAAUGACACCUCAAGUUGAUGAGGCAGAAGAUACGAAAGACGAGGCAUCAAGUCGCACCGUGUUGAAACCUCCUCACAGUACCCCAGACCUCAGCUUUGCCAGUGAGGGGCUAAUGAGAAUCAUCCUGUUGGAGGCUGAGGAUCUGGUUGCCAAGGACAACCUGCUGGGGGGCAUGAAGAAGGGCAAGAGUGACCCCUAUGCCAAGGUCACCGUUGGAGAGGUCACAUUUCAAAGCAACGUUGUAAAGGAGAAUCUCAACCCCGUCUGGAAUGAGAUGUAUCAGGUGGUGAUGAGGCCUCAGUCUGGACAGGAUCUUCGUGUGGAGCUCUAUGACAAAGACCUGGACAAAGACGACUUUUUGGGAAGGAUUACUGUCAGUAUGGCAGACAUCAUUCACUCCCAGUACACGGACCAGUGGUACACUCUGAGUGGUGCUAAGUCCGGUCGUGUCCAUCUCAUAGUGGAGUGGGUCCAAACUGUGUCCCAUAAUGGCACCCUGGACAAAGUGAUGCAGCUGCAAUCUUUACAGUCAUUCAGCAACAGGACGGUUCCGUCUGCAGCUCUGCUCUUUGUUUAUAUGGACAGAGGACACGCGUUGCCUUUUAAGAAAAGUGGAAAGGAGCCGAAGGCUGGGGCUGAGCUUGUUUUUGGUAACACAACCUACAAAACUAAGGUUUGUGACCGCAGCAGGUCUCCUGUGUGGAAUGAGGCUUUCUAUUUUCUGGUCCGGGACCCUAUAGAGGAGAUGCUCGUCAUCAAGUUAUCCAGUGCUUGGGAUCAGCCAAUGGGCUCACUCGUGGUUCCAGUGAAAGAGCUUCUGUCAGAACCGCAGCUUGUCCUGGAUCAGUGGAUGCCUCUGGAUGGAGCCUUGCCUGAGAGUGAGAUCCUACUGAGGGCUGAACUCAAGAUAUUGAAUUCAAGGAUGGCUGAAGCCCCACAGCCUUGUAGUCCUGCUUCAAGGAAGACGGCCACCGUAGCCGCUGAGCCGAUUGAAGAUGGCUCAACGCUGCCAUUAGAUGAUUAUGCUACAGUAACGAGCCCGCCGAAGUACCCAGAAGAAGCAGCACCAGAUGAUGCAGGGUCCUAUACAGUUCGGCCCACUGAUGCUCCAUUGGCGGAGGAUGGAGCAGAUACAGAAGAACCCUCACAACAUCAAGUUCGCACACAGGACAUGGAAAUACAGGACAUGAUGGAAGAGGAUGCCGGUCCGGAUGACCAGGCCCAAUGUCCAGUGUCUGAUCUACCUGCUGAACCCCUGAAGCCCAAAAUUGAUGUUUUGCCACAGCACACGAGUCCAAGCCAGGACUUUGGCACUGAGGCGUUGCUGAGGAUUCAUCUGCUGGAGGCCCAGAGUCUGGUUGCUAAGGACAACCUGAUGGGGGGCAUGGUGAAGGGCAAGAGUGACCCCUACGUCAAGAUCACCGUUGGAGGGGUUCUGUUCAAAAGCCAUGUUAUCAAGGAGAACCUCAACCCCACGUGGAACGAGAUGUACGAGGUAGUUUUAAGCAGCCACAGUGCCCAGGAUAUAAAGCUUGAAGCGUUUGAUAAAGAUUUAGAUUCUGACGACUUCCUGGGCAGGUUGAGUAUUAAACUCAGCGAGGUCAUCAGAUCACAGUACAUUGAUGGGUGGUACACACUGAAUGAUGUGAAGUCCGGGCGGCUUCACUUGAUCCUGGAGUGGGUUCCUACGGUGCCGCAUGUGGUCCACCUUGAGCAGGUACUGCAGCUUCAGUCUCUCCAAACCUUCAAGAACAAAGCCACACCUUCUGCCGCUUUGCUCUUUGUCCAUUUGGAGCGAGCGCACUCAUUGCCCCUGAAGAAAAGUGGAAAGGAGCCUAAAGCGGGAGCUGAGCUUAUCCUUGAAGACACAACCUACAAAACCAAGCUGUGUGACCGCAGCACCGAUCCUCAGUGGGCCGAGUCUUUCUACUUCCUUGUGCGGGACCCUAAACACCAAAUGCUUGUACUCAAGUUGUCCAGUGGCUGGGACCAGCCGAUGGGUUCUCUCGUGGUCGGUGUAAGGGAGCUGCUGGCCCAGCCGCAGCUGGUCUUGGAUCAGUGGUUCCAUCUGGACGGAGCAACACCGGACAGCCAGAUCCUGCUGAGGCUGGAACUCAAGGUUCUGGAGACCAAAAUGGUAGCGAUGAUCAGUGAUGGGACUGUGCCUUGCGCUGACCCCAGUAGUGGAUCUGGCAACGGGCAGGUGAAGUUGUCGCUUUCAUAUGACUCACGAGAGACAAAGCUGGUCAUCGUUGUACACGCCUGCAGAGGUCUAUUGUGCCCCAGUAAGGACGCAGUAGACAGCUACGUCUCCAUAAUGCUGCUGCCGGACAAAAGCAAGGCCACCAAGAGGAAGACGGCAGUUAAGAAACGUGAUCUCAACCCCGAAUUUAAUGAGAGGUUUGAGUACAAUUUGCCUGUGGAGGAAGUGAAGUUGAGGAACCUCAGCUUGUCAGUGAAGAAUAACGCCGCCUCGUUCAGAAGUCGUGAUGUCAUCGGGCAGGUGCAAAUUGAGUUGGCGGAGGUGAACCUGGUGCCUGGUUUCACUGAGUGGUUCAUUUUGAGAGACGAAGCGGAGUAGCAGCUACGCUGACGAUGUCACGGCUGAAACGCGGCAAGGCAGCCGCCCACACUCGAUGCCUUCUCCUUUCCACUUGCGCCUAACGGCCCCACCCUGCAGCUCUGUGUGCUAACUCAGCUGGAGAAGAGGAAAACACUCGUAUUGCUCAUUUAGCAGCCUUCAUGCACUUGGUACAGACCAGAGAAGAGUUUGACUUUAAAAGAGAUCAUCUUAGUAUAACGUGGGAUUCAAGGAAAAACCGAGAAGUCUUAUGUUUUUAUAUAAGAGCAGAUACGUUUAAAACCUUUUGUUAUAUGGUUAUAUAUAUUUCAGUAUUGGAAACCUUCUGAUUUACAUUUGGAAUGCAGCACCUCGCUCGCUUGAAGUUGCCUUUAUAAUGUGUAUUUUUUUACAAGAUUGCAUUUUUUUGCAUAGCGGUUUGUGUUGUUUAUAUUUGCAAUGAUUUCACAAGUGUUUUGUGUAUUAGAAGAUGGACACUAAAAUAUAUAUUGUG